AUGAAUGGAUCUACAACCCAAGGUGCCAGCCAACAGAGGAGAGAGGCUGUUGAAUAUUUGAAGCGGGACGACCAGUUCCUUGCCUACCGAACUCAACAAGAAGAGGCCACAAAUCGUAUGGUCCAACAAGCACGCGACAAAGACAGAGCUUUGGCGCAAGGCGUCGAUGUCAACGAAGAAGAAGAGAGCGGGGCCACCACAGCGACCCAAGAAGCAUUCGGGUCCAAAAUCGUCGUUAUCCAUGCCGGCAGCCAAAACCUGAGGAUAGGCCUCGCAAGUGAUGCUCUGCCAAAAACGGUCCCUAUGGUUCUUGCACGGAAGUGGCCUGAGAACGAAGCGGAAGAAGACGGUGGAGAGCCUUUACCAAAGCGCCUCAAGAUCGACGGCGAGAUGCCAGAAGAUCCAGACAUGUGGUUCGGAGAAGACUUUUCUUCGCAAUACAACUCAAUGUCCAAUGAUCUGAAGCAACGCAUGCGAGCCAACAAGCGAAGAGUGUUACCGAACUCAAAAGAACUUGUGGUCAACUACAACAAGAGGACUCCGCCCGAGGUCAUUAGCGAGCACAACGAUCCACAUCGCGUCGAGUGGACGGAAAUAGGCUCUGAAGCACCCGACUACAUCAUGGGUCAAGCUGCGCUGCGCAUCCCGGAAAACUCUGUACCCCGCUACAAGCUCUUCUGGCCAAUUCGCCACGGCUGGUUCAACGAACAAGACUACAAGACGAAGCAAACUCUCUACUCGGACAUCUCGUUGAUCAUCGAGCACGCCAUCGUCUCCGAGCUCGGGCUGAAACAUAAAAAAGACUGGCCUCAGUACGGGUGUGUCUGCGUCAUUCCGGAUCUCUUUGAGCGCAAUUAUGUCACUCAGAUGCUUGACAUUCUUUUGCGAGGUCUUGGCUUUGGACGAGUUUGUUUUCAGCAAGAAAGCCUUUCGGCGACGUUCGGCGCUGGAUACUCGAGUUCCUGCAUUGUUGAUGUAGGGGCGCAGAAGACGUCCAUUUGCUGUGUGGAAGAAGGAAUGUGCAUUGAGGAUUCUCGCGUCAACGUCAAAUACGGCGGUACGGAUGUCACGGAGAGCUUUAUGCGUAUGAUGCUGCAUGACCACUUUCCGUAUUCGGACAUCAACCUGAAGCGGCGGUACGACUGGCUGCUGGCCGAGGAACUGAAGCAGAAGUUCUGUACAAUGAACGAAGCAGACAUUAGCGUGCAGCUCUACGACUUCCAUUUAAGAGCUUUUGAGGAGGACACCAGGAAGUAUUUCUUCAAGUGCUACGACGAGACCAUGCUAGCACCCAUGGGAUACUUCCACCCCACCAUAUUCGAUCACUCAGAGAAACUCAAGGCCCGGCGGAAACUGAUCGAUCGCUCGUACGACCUAUACGAUGGAUCACCAAACGAUCCGCAAUCUGCCGCACAAAGCAGCAUCGUAGAAAGCGCCGCACCGCCACAACCUGCCGCCGCCUACAAUGCGGUUCCCGAAGCCAAGCCUCUGCCGACAAUGGUUGCGCAGACCCCAAGCAAGUCCAAUCCUGUCGGCCUGGCAGGGCGGCUCAAUGAGCAAGAGGGAACACCUCAUUCAUCUGUGGCUGGCUCUCCGGUGCCUGAUGGAGCAAACACGCCACAGCCUCCUCAAGACACACCUGCUGCUGGCACGGCUCCGGGUGAGGGAGGCAGUUUUGGCGCGACUAGCAGCAUAUUCUUCGACCCAACGCUGGAAAAAAUCAAGCAGGCGGAAGAACGCGAUAGGGUGCUUCCCAUGGCAGGACUCGACACAGCAAUCAUGACGUCAAUUCAACAUGGAGCACGCGGAGACGACCGCAAGGCCCGUGACUUCUACGGCGGCAUCAUGGUCAUCGGUGGAGGUAGCAAGGUCACCGGCUUCAUGCCCUUCCUGGAGGACCGACUCCGGUCACUGUUGCCUGGCCUUGGCAAGGACAUCCUUAUCGGUGCGCCGCCCAGAGAUUUGGAUCCCCAGGUCCUGGUGUGGAAGGGAGGCAGCGUAUUCGGCAAGCUGAGCAGCAGCGGGAACGACAGCUGGAUAUCGCAGAAGGAAGCGCACGGACUCGUGUCGCAACGCAACGACGCGCCUCACCUCGCCGACUUCUGUAGCACCCCCAUUAUUCCCCCUCAACCGACACGUCCUCCUCUCCAGCCGCACACCAUGUCGGGCGGGCGCGUCUACCACCAGGAUUACAUCGCGAGGAUACGAUACUCGAAUGCCCUUCCUCCGCCCCCCAAUCCUCCGAAGCUCCUUGAGAUACCGAACACUGGCCUAGCUAGCGGCCAGUACACCUCGGCCGGAUUCGCGUCGCGCUUGGCCAGAGAACAGCCGCUCAAUGUCGAGGCCGACGCUGAGCUUGGGAUGCCCAUAGACCUCGUUGGUUUGCCUGGCGUCUUCGAGGGCGAUGACUCUGUCCUUCUCGCAUCGGACGAGCCCGUGUCGAUUCACCCUCAUGACCGAGCCCUCCUCAGACCUCUGUCCACCCUGGGCAAGCCCUCAUCCCUUGCCGGCGGUGUCAGCUUCCUGCGGCGAACCGAGUACAUGACGGCGGCCGGCGGCGGCGGACACAGCGGGCUGCGGGAUCCGGGCAAGCGCUUGGCGCCGAAGCGCAGGAAGCAGACGGACGCGGAGAAGAACGAGCCCAUCAACAUCCUGCGCUCCAUCCUGAAAGGGUUCGACAUUGCGUACCCGCAGGACGCGUACAAAGGGCCGGACACGGUGCAGAACCUGCGUGGCGAGGAGAUCACGGCCGAGGAGCGGCGGGCAUGGGACCACCCCAAGCACCCGCUCAACCCGACCGCCAAGCUCGUCGACUCGUACCCCGUCCUACCCGACCUCGAGGCCAUAACCGAGACGGGCGGCUACAUCGUGGCCAAGUUCCAGACCAACCCGAUCGCGAACCAGGGCGCCAGCUACGACGAGCGUGUCGACGCCAGCCUGCUGCGCGUGCUGGAGCCGACGGCGGAGCAGGAGGAGGCGUACCGCGCGCGGCUAGCGGAGCACGAGGAGACGGGCGCCAAGGGCCCGCCCCCGCAGCCGCACUACGACUACGAGUUCUUCCUGCCGGCGUCGGCCGACGCGGCGCGCGGGCUGAAGCGCAAGUUCAGCACCACGGACCCGGACCGCGACGACGAGGCGCUGUACGACGCGGACAAGGCCGAGGCGUCGGGCCGCCGCUGCUUCCGCUUCGACCGCAUCCGCUGCUACGAGACGUACCAGCAGACGGGCAACCCGCUCGAGCCCUACGACGAGACGCUCGCGCUGGCGCUGCACGACCCGGAGCCGGAGGGCGCCGGCAGGCUGCAGAAGGGCGCGUAUUAUUACCCCAUCGUGCAGCGGACCUUCAUCCGGCCGAAGCGGAAGGCGCAGAGGGCGGGCAUGCCCGAGGAGGAGGAGAACCGCGUGGAUGUGUUGGAGAUUGAGGUGCGCGAUCCGGACGAGAGGGAGGUGGCGGAUCGGCAGGGCUUCAGGGAGAAGUUGGAGGGUGAGGGCGAGUUGGCGGAAACGUGA